AUGUCUGACUUACUACCUUUAGCUGCAUACAACUUGAACAUUGAGCCAUACACUCCAACCCCAGCCAUUGAUGUUACCACACCAGUUACUGUGCGUAUCACCAUGGCUGCCAUUGACCCAGAAGCUUUGGACGAUGAAGCUAAUCCAUCUACUUUGAGAAUCAUCAAGAGAAACCCAGAUUUCGAUGAUGAGGAUGAUGCCGAUGCUUUGUUGGGUGACUACGAUGAAGAUGAAUUAGAUGUCUCUGAAGAAGAGGAAGAGGAAGAAGAGGAAGAAGAGAAGCCAAAGGAUAAGAAGUCUAAGUCUAAGUCUAAGUCUAAGUCUAAGAAGGAAGAAUCAGAAGAUGAACUAGAAGAUGAGUCCGAUGAAGACGAUGAAGAAGGUGAUGAAGAUGAUGAAUUCCAAGAAUUUGUUUUGGCAACUUUGUCCCCAAAGACUCAAUACCAACAAUCUUUGGAUUUGGUCAUUGCUCCAGAAGAAGAAGUUCAAUUCAUCGUUACCGGUUCAUACCGUGUUUCUCUAACUGGUAACUUUGUUAAGCAUCCAUUCGACACUCCAGACUACGAUGAAGAUGAUAGUGAAGAAGGUGAAGAAAGCUACGAUGAAGAUGAAGAUGACUACUUGACCCCAGAUGAAGAUGCCGACUUGGAAGAGCUGGAAGAAGCCAGUGACAUCGAAGCUAAGAUCCAAGAACUAGUUGAAAAGGAACAAUCUAAGAGCAAGAAAAACAACAAGAGAAAGCAACCUGAACCAGAAGAAGAGGAAGAGGAAGAGGAACAAGAAGCUCCAGCUCCAGUCGAAGAAACUAAGAAAGCUAAGAAGGCUAAGAAGGAAAAGAAGGUCGAAUUCAAGAAGGACCUAGAAGAAGGCCCAACCCCAGCUAAGAAGGAAGAAAAGAAGGAAAAGAAAGAAAAGCCAAAGACUAAGGUACUUGAAGGUGGUAUCAUCGUCGAAGAUCGUGUCGUUGGUACCGGUAAGGCCUGUAAGAAGGGUUCCAAGGUCGGUAUGAGAUACAUCGGUAAACUAAAGAACGGUAAGGUCUUCGACAAAAAUACCAGUGGUAAGCCAUUUGUAUUCAACUUGGGCCGUGGUGAAGUCAUCAAGGGUUGGGAUAUCGGUGUCGCUGGUAUGGCUGUUGGUGGUGAACGUAGAAUCGUUAUUCCUGCUCCAUAUGCCUACGGUAAGCAAGCCCUACCAGGUAUUCCAGCUAACUCUGAAUUGACUUUUGAUGUCAAGUUGGUGUCUUUGAAAUAA